AUUUUGGGGUAAACAUUCGGUCUAAACGAGACUCAAAAUUUUACCAGUAGCGUAUAUACUAUAAAUCAUCUUAUGCUUCUAUAUUGGUGAUAAUUUGACCAACUGUUAAGGCUUUAGAGCAAUUUUCAAGAGAAAAAUACUCGGCCUGAAAAUAUGAAUUGCUAUUGAGUUAUGACUGUGGCGAUGCCUUAAAUUAUAUUUAGCAGAAAGUUAUUUAUCUUAGGAAUGUUUUUCGAGCUUGCAAUGGCUGAAAUUAAAAAUGAUUAUGAUCCUCCCGGUAACGUCUUAACUUAACUCUAAACAUCAACAUUUAACAACUUAACUAAAAUUGUAGGAAAAUAUUUGAGUAUAUAGUUCAGAAAACCGACAUCUGUCGCUUGAUGGAACUGCUUCGGAACAACACUGGACGGAAAUACAGGCCACCUUUUCGGGCACUUAUUGAGAAGAUGCCAGAGAUUGCAAAGGACGUAAUGGAUAAAUGUAUUACAAGAAAGGAGAAUCGGAUAAUUUUCAAUUAUGAAUUCUUGGACGACACUUUUUAUCAGGAAAGCCGGCCACUGGAUCAAGAUGAUUACGAUAGGACCCGGAGGACAUCAGACAGAGAAGACGAAGAACACACAAAUAGCAUGACGAGGAGAAAUGACAAUCACCCUCUAAAGCACAUGAUAAAAGGCAGAAGAACAGAAUCAGAUGGUGAAAUUCACCACCAACUUUUGGAUCAUCCCCUUGUAAAAGCCCUAGUAAGGCGUAAAUGGAAUGAUAUUGGUGUAAAAUUCCAUGUUCUGAAUUUGGCUUUGUAUAUGAUCUAUCUGGUUGUUCUCACUGUAUGUGUGUGUACCACUGUUCCACCAUAUAUAAAUUCUCAAAGUCCAAACAAUCUAUUUACUUACCUGAACACUACUGUUUGCCAAAACGUCACAUUAUGCCAGAAUGAAACCUCAUGUCAGAACGGAAACACAUGCAAAAACACAACUAAAUGCCUUGACACAACUACAUGCUUGAACAAAACCACUACAGAAGCUGCUGUUACCAAAAUGGCAUGUCAUUCCUUUGAAAGUCAGCGCAUGUCUGUGAUUGUAGAUCUGCAAUACUUUGUGAUAGCCUUAUCAUUCAUCAUGAUAUUAAAAGAGAUUUACCAGCUUGUCAGAGUGUACGGACGCGAGUACUUCAAACAGAAAGAAAACUACGUCGAAUUAGCUGUUUACAUAUUCUCCGUCUUGUUUGUUGUAAACGUAACAGAGUGCGAACAUACUGACUACCGAACUGAAUGGCAAUGGGCGUUAGGCACAUUAUCUGUCUUCAUGGCAUGGAUUAAUUUGCUAGUAUUCGGGAAAAAGUUUGAACAUCUCGGAAUUUAUGUUAUGAUGUUGUGGUCAAUUAUCAAAACGUUUCUUGUGAACGUGUUUCCUAUCAUCGCCGUUUUAGUCGUGGCCUUUUCUAUAGCUUUCACAUGUGUGCAUCAAGAUCAGAUGAAAUUUGCAAAUGUUUGGCAUUCACUACUGACGACAUCGUCAUUGAUGAUAAGUGGAUUUGAUUACGAUGAAUUCCUGAGCUUGGCCAAUUACCAUGAUAUAGCUUCUGUCAGUUACAUAAUUUACAGUUUAUUUCAAUUACUCAUGACAAUUGUAAUCAUAAAUCUGAUGGUUGGUGUAGCAGUGGAAAAUGUUCAAGAAAUACACAAAGAUGCAAGUGCUACGAACACUGUUCUACAGAUUGAGUAUAUAUUGGAACUUGAACGAAUGAUAUGCUUAAUCAGUACCAAAUUGAAAAAUAUUUGCAAGAUCAAAGAGUUCAUGGAAAGGUUUAUUUCCAAACAAAAAGAAGAAAUCGAGCUCACACAACUUCAAUCGACAAGACUGCCAGUGCAACAGAUCAUGGCUGUUCUAGAUAAGAACAAGGCAGAAAACGAGCAAGACGGCAUUUUGGAAAGAAUUAACCAAAUUGAGAUGACAAUGACUAAAAAACUGAACACAAUUGGGAAACAAAUGACAGAAAUAAAUUUUAUGAUUGAAAGGCAACUGACAUUACUGAAUUCUACAACCAAAGAUACAAAUGAAAGAAUGAGCACAGUUGAGACGAGACUAAUUGAACUGAAUUCUACAACCAAAGAAACAAACGAAAGUAUAAACACAGUUGAGACCUGAAUUCUACAUUAAAAGAAACAAACGGAAAAAGGAAUACAGUUGAUGCUAUCCAUGAAACUUAAGGUAUUAGAUCACUAAUAGAGAACCUCCUUUUUGAAGAGUAUUUAAUUCCUACCAUAAACCUACUUUUACUGCAAUUCUUAGGGGGCGUAGGUUCAAGCCCUACUGAGAUCAAUUUUUAUUUCUUUAUUUUCCUUUUUACUAGUAAGUUUUUACUUCUUUCAAGUCUUAUUAUUGAUGUUUUGUACAAAAAUGGAAAAAGAUGAAUCUUAUAAGCGAUUAUUUGGUGUUCAAAGAGAAGAGAAUUUAGUACUUAAACACAAGGGGUAGAGUUACACAUCUUUAAAAAUAUUGAGCUACGCAAAAGAUCUCUAUUUUGCUUUCACUUUUAGAUUAUAUAUUGUGGAAGAAGUUUAGGUAGGUUUUACGUCUUCUCUAAGGUUAUUUUUAAAUGGAGUAAGCAAAAUUCAAAACAGAAACUCAUCAUUCGACCUUAUUUUUUCAGUGUUGAAGUAUGAAUUCUGUCUCAUUAAAUCCGUUUACUCGAGGCACCAAAAGUGACAUUAACAUUUUUGUUUUGUGUUUUAUUAUUGGUUAUCAAUAGUUUAAUGUUUCUUCGAUUGAAAUUAAUGGUAAAAUGAGUUCUCUGUAAACGUUUUGGAUAGUGGCUAUCGCUUUGAAAUUUUCUCUACUUGAGCUUAAGGAGAUACCAUAAGUUAUUCAAAAAUUAUAAAAAAAAACGGCAUGGUAAAAGUUGUUUAAAAUUUGCAAAAUAGUGCAAAACAUGGUUACCUUUCAGAAUAUACCAAGUAAAGGCCAUUUUGUAAACAUUACUAUUAGUGACCUAAUACCUUAAGGGAGGAAAAUAGUAGAUUAAAUCAGUAUACAUAGAACUGAAUUUCGAUUGUUAUCGUCAUAUUGUGUAUAUUGUAUGAAAGUGCAUUUGAACACUUCAUACAGCAAUUCAUUCUUUGUACAUAAAUAUAUAUUCUUAUUGUGUUUAAACAAAUAGUGUUAGAAUAUUGAACAACAAACUGAUCACUGAUUAGUAUCUAGAUGAUAUUAUCUUUUUAUAUGUUCGUUUAAAAUAUAUUAGAAUUGCAUAUAUUGUUUCGAGUUUGAAUGUUCGGAUGUGCUAUUUUUAUGAUUUUUUUCUGACCUAUCUAGCAGUGAGUGUACAGUACAUAAUAUGUUUGCCAUCGAAUAAAUUUAUAUAUAAGGGUUGUACAGUAAAUGCGUAGACUGGUGCCGUAACUUCAAUACUAGCCGGUUAAAGAUUUUUAAAUUUGUACUGUUUUAAACAUAGUAUCUCUGCUACAAAUGUACUAAAUCUGAAAUUGUUAUCGUGCAAUAUAUUUGUUCUACGUUAAUUUGUUUAAACAAGAUAUACUGUAUGGCCCAGGUCAACUACGUAUUCAUACAAUCGACUUUGUUUAUAAAAAAAUUGUAACUAAUUCAAUUACGUUUCUCAAUCUUUUGAAAUUUACUGAACAACUUCUGUGAUAAGAACUCAGGUUGUCAUAUGAAGAUUAAGAGUAUUCAUUUUCAACAAGAUGGGACUCUUGAUUAAUGUAAAAUGGAAAAUCUAGAUGUAGGAUUUCUUUUAUUAUUAAUUUUGCUGGAAAUCAUAAAUCAAAUAUUUAUAUGUGUAGUUACUAAAAUCAAUGCUUUUGGAUGAUUGAGCUACAACUCGGGGUUCCUAAAGUAAUUCAAAAUUUUCUAUCGGUGUGUGUGUGUGUGUGUGUGUGUGUGUGUGUGUGAAUUUUGUUGUUGUUUUUUUUUUGUUUUGUUUUGUUUGUUUGUUUUGUAUCAUUUAAAAGAGUUGUGUCUCCUGAACAAUAAUUUGUAAAUAAGAUGAUCAUAAUAAUGUGCAUAUAUCGCUACAGUCAUAUUUUUGGACAGCAAAAUAAACCGUAAUAACUGAU